UGCCCCUCUCCACUCUACCGAUGAGGUCGCCGCGCCUCCGCCGCCAACCGCCGCCGCCGCCGCCGGCGGCUGCUGCUGCUGCCGCCGCUGCUCCGGAGCAGUUCCAUGCCGGAGACGCCGUGGAGGUGCUCCCCGACGAGCCCGGCUACCGGGGUGCCCACUUCGCGGCCUCCGUCACGGCCUCCCACCCCAACCCUCGCAGCUACACCGUCGUCUACGACGCCUUCGCCGCCGCCGCCGACGGAUCCGGUGGCUCAUCCAUCUGCCCGCUCAGGGACGUCGUCCCGGCGUCCCGGGUCCGCCCGCGCCCGCCGCCCGACACGCCGCGCGGCGAGCAGGAGCACGCCGUCGUGGACGCGUUCAAGGGCGGGGCGUGGUGGGUCGGCGUCGCGCUCGGCGGGGGCCGGGCGGGCGGGAUGGUCGCGGUAUGCUUCCCGGAGACGAGGGAGGUGGUGGAGUUCGACGCCGCCGACGUCCGGCCCCACCUCGAGUGGGUCGCUGGCGAGUGGCUCUCCCCGGAGAAAAUGGAGAUAUCUAAGACAAUGCCAUAUACGAAAGGAUCACAGGUGGAAGUUGCCAAGUUAGAAGGUAAUCCUGUUGUUGCUUGGUUCUCUGCAAUUGUGGAAAAGGCCAUCUGGAAGAACAGUGUUUUAGUGGAUUACAAUUGUUCAAAGAGUGAUGGUAGUGCAUUGCCCAAGGAGAUUAUUCAUCUUAAUCAUAUCAGGCCUUGCCCGCCGCAUGCAUCAUCUUUUAGUUUCCGCAUCAAUGAUGAGGUUGAAGGCUUCCAAGGCAAUGGCUGGUGGCUGGGGGUGAUUACUGAGGUUCAUCCUGAAUUUAGUUAUACAUUUCAGCCAGCACACUCAGGAAAGGAGGUUCAAUUGGACCAAAAGACACUUAGGCUUCGGUAUGACUGGAUCGAUGGUCAGUGGCAGCAAGUUUCACAGAAUGUUUUGACAGAAAAAAUUGGCGAAGGCAGCAAGGUUGAAGUUACCAGUAAUGAUGAAGGUUUUUGUGGAGCUUGGUUCCAGGCGACUGCUGUAAAAUAUGUUAACAACAAGAUUUUAGUGGAGUAUGAUGCACUGAAAGCUGAUGAUGAAAUCACCCCUUUGACAGAAACCAUAGAAGUUCAGCACGUCAGACCCUGUCCUCCAGAUAUCACUGUAAGCAGUGGUUUCAAUUUACUUGAUGAAGUUGAUGCUUGUUGGAAUGAUGGAUGGUGGGUUGGUGUGAUAUCGAAGGUUAUCAGUGAUCAGAGAUACAUGGUAUACUUCAGAUCUACUGGUGAAGAGAUUGAAUUUGGGCAUGAACAGCUAAGGUUUCAUUGUGAUUGGGUGGGUGGAAGGUGGAUGCGGGCUUCCCUGGGAUUGGAGGCUUGGGGCUGAAGAGGUGCACACGCAUUUUUGCCCAGAAACCUGGGUUAGUACCCAAAAGAAUGGUUUCACUAACAUUAGCCUUGCUACGGAAGUUGUCUGAUGUACAGUGAAAGUUGUCUGAAUGACCUUUCUGCAUCGACAACGCCAUCAGCAGUUGAUCUGAAUGUUUGUCAUUGGGAGAUCCUCAAAUGUACCAAGUAAGCUGUGGCAUUUUCUGCAGAUCUGAAAAUGUUCUAGAUAACUGACUUUUGGGAAUAGAGAUUCUAAUUUAGGGUAACAUAACUCAUAUUUC